AUGGGUAAUACGGGUUCUAAAGAAAAUGUUAUUUCGGAAGAAGCCCUCAACGAAUACGUCGAGCUGACAUAUUUAAACAAGAAUGAAAUUCGUCAAAUUUAUAAACGUCUCGAUGAUUUGGAACCAGGUAUCCUUAAACAAAAUCUUCAUUAUCGUUUUUCUGUGGAGCAAAUCAACAAAAUUCUUCCGCAGAUUCACUGCAAUCCUUUCUGUGACGUGAUAUACCGCGUGUUCUCGUCGAAGCAGGAUGGACAUUUAAGCUUCGAAGAUACUCUCGACCUCAGCGUUCGGGCUGCAUGGGCUUUUGAAAUUUUCGAUUUCGACGGCGACAAUCAAGUCUCUCUUGACGAUCUGAUCGAAAUGGUGCGGAGAUUGGCGGGCACGGAUGAGCGCGGACAGAAUCGAAUCGAUCGGCAACAAGCGGAGGACGUAGCGCGGAUGGAAGCGAUUAAUCCUUUUGCCAAAAGCCGAAAGGCCGCUUUCUAUCGCAACAAAUUUCCGAUAGCCGUUACCGAUUCCGCGGCAGAAAUUUUGCAAAAUCGCAAUGGAUAUCAUAUAAUAAUUCAUGAUUGUGUUUUAAUAACUUUAUUUUUUCAGAUAUUACAAGAAAUAGAUCUCUCUGACGCAGGUAACAUUGCGCCACAAGAAUUUAUACAGCUACUCUCCAAAAUGCCAGAUUUCGCACAUACGUUUCAAUUUAAAAUUAAUUAA